UUUUGGUUGUUGAUAGCAAGGGCCAAAGACAUUGGCUCCAAAUUUGUCCCCAAAUUUUAUUUUAAACUGGAACAAUGAUAUUUCGGACAGCAGUAGAGCAUGCUAAGAAGCACCCUGGCCUCGUCCCCCAGUUCUUUUUCAUGUGUUUGGGAAUGGGCGGGGCAUUUUUCUACCUGAUCCGACUGGCCAAAGGACCCCAUGUCACCUGGAACAAGACCAGUAACCCAGAGCCAUGGAAUAAACUUGACCCCACAUACCAGUACAAGUUUGUGGCCAUCAAAACAGACUACAAAAACCUGAAGAAAGAGGGACCUGACUACUGAAUCUCCCACUGGGGAGGGAAAAUCUGAUAAAAAAAAUCCUGAUCUAGGGUCAGAUUCACUCCCCUUCACCUCCUGGCAUCCUCACAGUAUAGGUGGAAGGUGAACUGGAUCCUAGAUCAGGAUCUAUAAUGUUUUAGUGUCUCUGCGGUGUUUGCAAAGCAGUUGGUGUGACUAGGAUUGUCAGUGAAUGGAUCCAGAAGGCACAUAUCAAUACAAGAUAAAUAUGUUGCAUUUCUGCAUACAUCUACACACUUACACAGGAUGGACAUGACACACGUCUGCACAAAAGUCCUUUAUGUCUGAACUUUCCUGGACGGUAUAUCAUAAAAGGAGAAGGAACAAGAUUUGAGUUUUAGAAAUCUGAAUGUAUUAUUCUGAAUGUUUCAGUUAUCUAUU